AGUCAUGAUGUCUGGAGCAAGAAGAGUAAAGGCUGAUGUGCACUUAUACUUGGCUUGGGUAUAUUUCUAUAUUUUGCUAUAGUUGCGAUGGCCAUGUAUAUUGUUUUGCUCUCUCUACUUCUCCUUCAUUUCAACGAAGGACAUGUGAUGAUUCAAUUUGAUGAGAGGCAAAAAAUUAUUCGUGAAAAUGAUGCUGGAGAAAUCCACGUUAGUAUAACUGGACAGAGGGCAAGGGCCAUCAGUAUAACAGUUACGCCAAUCACCUUCAGUGAAUUCACCGGCCAACUGCCCUCUGAAUAUACCCCGGAUUCCCUCCCAGAUCCAGCAGAGGUUGAGGACUUCAUGUUCAACAAGGCCGAAAUUAUCUUGCCCUCAUUCAAAGUUGAUACUGGAACAACAGUUUUCUCUGUUGAAAUAUCUCUUUUUGACGAUGUUGUAAACGAAAAGGAUGAGGGUUUCUGGCUUUUGAUUGAGGUGCAGAAUCGAGAUGAUAUGACAAUUGAGAGGAGUGGAUUAGCUCUUGUUAUAAUCAAAGAUAAUGAUCCCAUCAGUAUUGGAUUUGCUCUACCAGUGUACGAAACAAUCGAACAAAAUGGGCUGGUUGACGACCUCGUGUUUAUCGUGAAGGACGGCAAUGUGAAGUCUGAGCAGGUGCUUAAAAUCCUCGUCAUGGCUACAUCUGGUUCAGCUGAUAUGGGGAUCGAUUUCUCGGCUUCAAGUAUGACUGAAUUAGAAUUCCAACCUGAAGAUGAGGAGGUCCCAUUCUCAUUCCAAGUUAAUGAGGACCAGAUUCUAGAAGGAGUUGAGUAUUUUCCACUGUCUUUAUCAAUGGACGAGAGCCAACUAGGACUGCAAUUGGGUGCUAUAACUGAUGCUAUGGUGAACAUUCAGGAUAAUGAUGGUCAGGGAAGUCAAGGAGCAGAAGCUCCAGUGAUGAGGACGAGUCCACCCUGCCCACCGAAUCAGCUAGGUCAGGGAAGUCAAGGAGCAGAAGCUCCAGUGAUGAGGACGAGUCCACCCUGCCCACCGAAUCAGCUAGGUCAGGGAAGUCAAGGAGCAGAAGCUCCAGUGAUGAGGACGAGUCCACCCUGCCCACCGAAUCAGCUAGGUCAGGGAAGUCAAGGAGCAGAAGCUCCAGUGAUGAGGACGAGUCCACCAUGCCCAUCGAAUCAGCUAGGUCAGGGAAGUCAAGGAGGAGAAGCUCCAGUGAUGAGGACGAGUCCACCCUGCCCACCGAAUCAGCUAGGUCAGGGAAGUCAAGGAGCAGAAGCUCCAGUGAUGAGGACGAGUCCACCAUGCCCAUCGAAUCAGCUAGGUCAGGGAAGUCAAGGAGGAGAAGCUCCAGUGAUGAGGACGAGUCCACCCUGCCCAUCGAAUCAGCUAGGUCAAGGAGCAGAAGCUCCAGUAAUGAGGACGAGUCCACCCUGCCCACCGAAUCAGCUAGGUCAAGGAAGUCAAGGAGCAGAAGCUCCAGUGAUGAGGACGAGUCCACCCUGCCCACCGAAUCAGCUAGGUCAGGGAAGUCAAGGAGGAGAAGCUCCAGUGAUGAGGACGAGUCCACCCUGCCCACCGAAUCAGCUAGGUCAGGGAAGUCAAGGAGCAGAAGCUCCAGUGAUGAGGACGAGUCCACCAUGCCCAUCGAAUCAGCUAGGUCAGGGAAGUCAAGGAGGAGAAGCUCCAGUGAUGAGGACGAGUCCACCCUGCCCAUCGAAUCAGCUAGGUCAAGGAGCAGAAGCUCCAGUAAUGAGGACGAGUCCACCCUGCCCACCGAAUCAGCUAGGUCAAGGAGCAGAAGCUCCAGUGAUGAGGACAAGUCCACCCUGCCCACCGAAUCAACUAGGCCAAAGAAAACAAACAAGAGGAAGGGUAGACAUUCAAGAGCGGGAUGACGAGAGUUCACAGUCCACCGCACAGAGAAGUAGCUCAUGCAAACUUACUAAAUAUAAUAUACAAACUUUAUCUAAAAUGUCUAUUGUGAUCUUAUACCUGAUUUAAUUAUUCGUUUUUCUGUCUUAAUUCUCUAACAUUAAUUCGUUUUCUGUCUUAAUUCUCUAACAAUUAAUAUUGUCAUUGUAUAUAGUUUCAACAUUAAAUCAACAAGACA